GCGAUCAUUACCGCUGACUGGGCUGAAUGGUUGCGUUAAUAUUGCGAUUGACAACCCCACACGAGGACUCAGGAGACCUCCGGACAUGUCUUAUUUUCUGCUUCACUUGUCCUCGAAAUGACGAGACGCUCAAUGCCACUGGAACAACCGGUAAUAUCAGCCACGGGCUGCAUCACAUGCCCGUGAUCAUGCUGUCAAAGGAAACUAGUGCCUCGGAAUAAAGGGUUGGCCUGGAGGUUACACUUGGCGAGAAACCACACUCUCAACAUUGUCGGAUACCGACCGGUUCUGCGAUACCACGACACUCACGACUUGUCUAUUCUCAUCGUUCUUACGCCUACAUAUCGACCUUUCGUGAUUCCAGCAACCACGCACGACUAAACGACAUCCACGACUCAACCCUGGAUUUGGUUCUCGACGACAUCUUACGCGUCACUUACUUACGAAACACUGGACUAACUAGAAGAAACGACCUAUGUCAAUGGAAGCGGAGGGAGCGGAAGCCGCUCGGCCUACGAGGCGAGAGACCAUCUUGAGCUUGGUCGAGAUGUUGUUGCAGCCGGGGAGUGGGGACCUCAACUCAAAUCAAGUACCCAGUUUCGAAGAUGACAAAGACGUCCCUUCGGUGGACGACCACCGGCAGACCGCCGGUGCAGAAACCUUCCACAAGUUCCAACGGAGGAUAGAUGCUUUGGACAAACAACUUCGGAACUUCGCAAACGCCACACGUCAAUUGGGCAGUUCUGUGGCGAUUCUGUCCUCGGCGUUCCACCUCCGAGAAAGGAUUGCCCAGCUCGUGUUCCUGUACCGUGAGAAUGCAGCCGAUCUCUUUCCCCGGAAGAUUCCGCACGCGACUAAGGAGGCGAUUGUCGACGCCAGGAAAAGCAGACGAAGGAUCAAGGGUCCCAAGCUUAAAGGGCAUGUCGCACCGCCACAUAUUGCAAGACCGACUAUCGACGAAAGCCUGGAUCUUGAGUUGUUUCCCCAGCAAUUCGAAGCUCUGGCUGAGAACUUGGCCACGUUUGGUCGCUGCCUCAACGAGUUUCCUGAAUUCAACGACGAAUCCAUCAAUGCAUCCAUAACCUCGUUCGAAGGUGAUCUUCGGUAUUGGGCCUCCUGUCUGAAAGUCUACAGUGGACAGUUUCGUUAUCCGGCCGUGCAAAGAUAUGUUCAUGAUCUAACCGCAGAAAUGGGAGAACACUUGGAUAGCAUCACUUCCACUCUCGUGAUGUUUGUCGAAAUUGGUGUACCUACCAUCCGAUUCGGACAGCGUCACAAAACUGACAACCUACUCAACCUGUCGACCGUAGCAACCUUCUUUUCGGCAGUCACCGCCACGACGUUACAAUUCUCAUAUAAUUUGGUGGGGACACCAGUCCAGGAUGCGGUCAAUUCGUUCUGGUUCGCGUCCCUGGUUUUCAGCAUCGCUGCUGCAGUCAACAGUCUCCUGGGGCUCACCUGGAAACAAGCCAUGUACCGAUCUCCUGGACACCGCGUCCCAUGGUGGGUGCUCAUCUGGAUCAAGCGAUCUCCGCUGGUAUUCCUAGUGAUGUCUGUGGCCUGCUUCUCUCUUGGUCUAUGUUUGUUUGCGUAUGCAUCGGGUCAAUCCAGGGUCACGGCGACGAUUACGACUGCUUUCACCGUGUUUACUUCCCUCGGCCUGGUUGCCGUAUCGGGUUGGUUCGUAUCGGAGCGAUGGGUUUUCUCGCGACAUCGCGGGCGGAAGUGGCUUCAGGAAGUCCUGCUCGACACGUAUGAACGUUUCAUGGCAGUUCCGUCCGUGGCUGCCACUGCGCGCUUUUGGAGGCGAACCAAGAGACGGCUGCGGAACUUCAAGUUACUCAUGAAACGGCUUGUGUUCAAGACAGCCCAUUUUUUGAACAGAGACAGCGAUUCGGAAAAGAGCGAUGAUCCUGAGGCCAACACGACCAGCACGAUUCUCCCUCUUGCAAAUGGCAAUGGUCAUAUGCGUCAACUCUCUGCUCUGGGCAGUGUCCUGAACUUACCUGGGACAUUCAGCGAGGCCAGCGCUUCACAAGCUGCGUCGGACACCUCACCCACGACCCCGGUUCCUGCGAGCGUCAGGACUAGUUCGGAACUGACGCCUACCCCCGGCUCACCUGGUGGACCAUCGCGCGGAAAAAUUCUCUGGAAGAAUGCCAUGCAGACAGUGAAGAUGCGAAGUGUUGCAGCAGCUCCGUUCGGACCGUACACCCCGCACAGGCAGAGAACAUCGUCCUCGAAUCUGAAUCUGGCAACAUUGGAUCGCAAGCGCACGGGGGAUGAGCCCGUCAAGGCUCUGUUGCUCCGGUCGAGAGUUGCCACGCUCAAACCAAAACUCAAUGCUCUUGCCGCUACGGAAGCUCUCGAAGCCCAUCAGGCUCUGGUCAGACACCUUCAGUUCUCACCCGAUGGCAAUUUCUUGGCUACGUCAAGUUGGGACCGUACUUCAAUCAUCUGGCGCGUAGAACAACCCGUGAUUUCGCCCCACCGUGUUUUGGCUCAUCCACAAGGCUUUGUCGGGCAAGUGGCUUGGUCGGAUACGGGUAACAUGCUCCUCACUAAACUCAUCCGCGGCGUCAAAGUCUGGUCCCAGGAUGGUGUGUGCCAGAAGACCAUAGAUCGCCGGAUAAAUGUGGAAUCCAUCGCCUGGUUCCCUGGAAGUGAGGCAUUCCUUUCUGUCGAGGAAAACACUGUCACGAAGCUGGAUCUCCGCGGCAAUGUUCUGGCUACGUACGAUUUCGGACGGACCAAGUUGCACGACGUCACAGUCACCCCCGACGGUGUGCGACUUCUUGGUGUCGGUCCCCUGCUCGAGUCGCCGACGGGGCUGCACCCCAGCCGGUCCCCAGCGGAGAAACGGCUGAUGGUGUAUAACAUGGAAACAAUGACAUUCGAACAUCAAACACCUGUCCUCAACGAUGUUCGUGAUGUCACUCUAGCCCGGAACACCACACGGAACGGUCUCGUUGCAUUGGUCAGCUACGAAAAUAAGGCACCGCCGCAAUUAUGGAAGCUGGAUUUAGUGAAGGAUCGCGAGCAUCCGUCGCAAAUGGUUGCUAGAUUGACACUAAGGCAAGGCUUUCGGCCGUCAAUUCCUUCGAUACUAAUCAAUGAACCAGACACACUUACAUGCCCAAACAUUCGGUCGAGUUUGCUGGCCCAAGCUACUUCGGCGGCAAGAACGAUGAGCUGGUCUUAUGUGCCGGAAAAGGUCAGUCAAUCCGGGGAUAUUCACAUCUGGGACCAAGAAAGCGGGACACUGCUUCGGCAUAUCCGGGCCGCUCAGCAAUCUGGAGAUUUGACUUGUAUUGCAUGGAACCACGCCGCGGAGGAUCCGUUCAUGUUUGCGACUGGCAGCCAUGAUGGAGCGGUGAGGAUAUGGACCAAGCCGAUUGAGAUUUCGGGUGGGAAGGGCCUGGCGCCUCUUGCCAUUGACACCGAAGAAAAACCGGACACAAAAGAAAGCGAGCCAGUCCGCUCGUCGUCGCCAUUCGACAUGGCCCGCACGGACAGCCCGUUGACGCAAGCUGAAUUCGAGUCAGUUGAGACCUUGAGAAGGCAAGACAGUCUGGGCACGGCCAGUGCAAGUUCUUUGUCCGUAGCUCUGGGGACGAUGGCGCGUCAUAUCACUUUCCUACCGGAAGAAUCAGACGACGAGGAGAGUACAUGAUCUCUUUUGCUAUGCGGGUAUGUAUCCAAUCCCUAUACUGUACAAUAUGUCCCAAUGGAAUAGAAAAAAGGAAACGUUAUAAUCAUUGCUGAAGUAGAAACCCGAGAGCGAAGCCCAGAGACUAAUUCGAGUCGGUGCAACACCGACGCCCGUUACAUAAGCUAUCGCCCACAUUUGGACGGGACUCACCACCUGACUGCUCAUGAAAUGGAGUGGAGCGAGUAUAUAACUCGGAGCGGCUUAUCGCGAUUAGCGGGUGCGGAGGGAAGUAGUGCGCUUAGGAGUUUGGGCGGAUGAGGACCCUGCCGAUUGUCCAUACUGUGGGGGCUGGAGCUGACACAACACGUGUUUCCAGCGGCGAACAGCAACGAUGUCCAGAAGACCACAAAAUCUGAUGGUGGGAGUUCCAGAUCGCACCUGAAUUAGUCUGCCUCGAGGAUGGAUGGACGGACGGAUGGGUGGCUGAAGACAUGUUCCCAUCGUCUCAGUGAUGGAUCCAACCAUGUCUCACUUCAGCACGUGUGAUCAGGGAGGCAAGCAUCCAGCACUGAAGUGUGUAUUGACUCGGCUAGGAAAGAUACCACGAUGUCCCAACGAGGUUGAAGAUAAGAUACAGUCGAGCACCACUGCCGGGAAAAGCGAACCCUGUGCGCUCCAGUAGAAGGUUGUCUAAUGUGUGGGGAAAGCCUAAGAUUGUCGCUUUCUCAAUAAGGAGUGGUGGAGUGACGGGGCUAGCAGGUUCCAAAUCAACCGGCAUGACCCGGCUGCUCGAGCCUCGGAGCACCCCAAAUCACGAACGGGGAUGUCAAGCGGUAAUAGGCGAGGCUUGUUCCAGUGAGAGGCAUGCACUGAGAAGACUCGGAAUGUCAGCAGCGUGUGCAUGACAUCGAGCUGCACUUCGG